CUCCCACCACCACCACCGAGCAGGAGCAGCUGGGUCUGGAGCUGCACCGAUCGGAGCGGCAUCUAGCGGACAGAAUUCGCGUCUACAACAAUGCCGGCUCUCUGCUGCACUCGUCUCAAAUCUUCCCCAUCCCAGCUUCCUCCAAACUCCGUUCCGCUCUUCCUCUGCGCUCUUCCAGCUCCCGCAAGCUCCAUCCAUGCAGCUCCGUCCACGGCUCCUGCUCCCGCCACGGCUUACAUCAGUCUCCUCGUCGUCCUGCUCAUCAUCACCAUCGUCGUCUUUGUGUUGUUGUUGUUGGUGGUCAUUGCGCCUCUGAACUCUCAACUCCUGCAGUUGACGCAGCGCCACGGAUGAAAAAGGGGGACCUGGGUGGGUGAUUUCCGCUACGAGGAUUGCCGCGGCCAACACGGCCCCGAGAAGUGUAGAGGCACGCAACGGCCCUUGCGGUAACACACGGGAUGCGUCUUGACACCGGGGGUCUUUGUAGGGACACAAGGACCCUUGCGGACCCUUCAGGUGACACGACGACCAUUUGGUGACACCUCGCGGUGACACUUGGGACCAUUAUAUUGACACGUGGACCUUGUAAAUUGACCCCUUGCAUUGUGGCGCACGGGGCGGGGGGGGCUCUUAUGGUGACACAGGGGCCGGGAUGGCCAGGGGUCGGAGCAGGGUUCGGGGCUCCUGUCCCAGCGGCGGCACCCGCUGCUGGGCUGUCUUGCUGGGCACAACCAUGGGACUCGUAAUGAGCGCGGGCCUCGUUCAGGAGAUGCGCGAGAGGUGGAGGAACCAGGUCUUGGAUUCGGGACCGGAGCUGAUGGGUCCUGAGAGCGGCGCGGAGACACGGGCACGGCCACGCGAGCCGGAGCCCAGGGUUUAUUGCCUGCUUCCGCCACACCAGGGCGGCGAUGGAGACCUGGAGGAGGUGCGCCGCGUCCUCGCACGUCUCGGAUUCACUCGUGGGGGGCCCCAGUCCCGCUGGUCGCUCCUCUGGGCGCACGGCUACCCCCCCUUCAGCAGGCUCCUUCCUUGGGGGCCCCCCUCCAUCCUCCCGCGCUGGAUUAAUCACUUCCCCGGCUCAGGGUUCCUCACGAGUAAACUCCAUGUCGCCUACACUAACCUCACCUUCAUUCCCCGCGCCUUCCACCUUCCGGAGGACACACGCCUGCUGGUGGCUCAGGCGAAGGAGCAACCCGAGAAGCUGUGGCUUCAAAAGUCCAGGAGCCACCGCGGAAUACAGAUCGUGUCCCCGCAUGACUUGGAGCAUCUGGGAGCAGACGUCUUCGUGCAAGAGUUCGUUCAGCGACCGCUGCUCAUUGACGGGAGGAAGUUCGACGUGGGAAUUUACGUGGUGGUGACGUCCGUGCAGCCGCUGCGGGUGUACGCGUACGACGAGGAGGUGCUGCUGAGGUUCUGCAGCAAGAAUUACCUACCCUUUGACCCCAGGGACGUGCUCUCGUAUGUGGUGGGUGACGAAUACACCCCAACGUGGGAGAUGCCAUCCCUGAGGCGCGCGUAUGUGGACCACAAGUACAGUCACAAGCAGACGCUGGCCGCUCACCUGCGCUCGCGAGGCAUGGCCCCAGAACGGUUGUGGGAUGACAUCAAGAAGGCGAUUGCUGACCUCCUAUUGGUCAAGGAGCCUCAGCUCAAUGCAUCGCUGCAGGGACAGGCCUCACACUGGAAGUUCUUUGAGUUGGUCCGGUUUGACUUCCUGCUCGACGAGGAUUUGAACAUUCAUCUGAUGGAGGUCAACAUGUCUCCUAAUCUCUCCUCUCGACACUUCCCACCGAACAGACUCCUCUACGAACAGGUUCUGUUCAGCACACUACAGCUGGUGGGGGUAGCCACCAGCUUCAUCCAAGGUGACACACACAGUGUGGCCAUGCAGGUGAGCGAUCGUGACAUACAGACGCACCCCGAGCUCUGUCUGCACGACUGCCGGGACUCCUGCAAACACAAAUGCCAGCUGUGUGAGCCUUGUCUAAGCGCGGCCUGGCGCUCCGCUCUCAAGGAGGCUCACCUGGAGCACACGCGGAGGUGGCACACUCGCAGGGUCUUCCCACCUCCUCCCACGGGCCAGAGUGGAUGGGACCCUCGACAAGAGGCAAGACUAUCUGAACACAACCAACUCAUGGCCUGGUGGUUCAAAGGGAAGUGCUUGCAAGACAUUACUUGGUGCUUCUGAUGUUUGUGCAACCACUCGCACAACCCAGCACACAGCGAAAUAAACGGUGUCAAAAUCUGCUUUCACAGUAUAUAUUUUGACCUCAUGUAAGCAUUCAUUUAAACAUGCCAAAAUGCAUUUAAUACUUUGAACUGCUACACUCCAUUUUGUAAAACUGAUGAAUUUGCACAUUUUAAUUGAGUAUAAGUAUAGGAUUUUUUUGAAGAUGCAUGCAUACCUAAAGUCAAAACGUGCAUGUUCAUAGCAUUGCAGACGGUUUAUAAUCAGUACAAUACAAAUUAUGCAUUGAAAAGGGUUACAUCUGGAUAUUUUAAACGAGUAGACCCUAAAAGACAAAGCAGCCAGCAACAACCAUAAUGAAGGUGCAAUCGUAUGAAUUGAGCAAGCUUGAACUUGGGACAAGAUGAAGUACCGUAAUUCCCCAGUGCAUGCAGUUAUUUUGACCUGCAGCAUCAGCACCAUACGAAACAAACAUCCAUCUGGUAGAGGUGGAAGUUGCAAUGGCAAAUCAGCAACCGUCAGAGCAAAUAAAGGGAAUCAGUGAGCGCUGGACCAAACUUAUCAGAGGUAGGGACUGGGUGCUCCCAUCUGAUAGGAAAGCGAUGCCAACAUUGACCAGAUCUGCACUUUGUAAUACAUUUUUUCAAAGUUGAAAGCUUUAGCUUGGAAAAACAAAGGCUGUACAACCUCAUUUAAUGCUGUUUGGAUAUGCGAUAAGGUAGGGCUAUCCAUGCUUUAAAAUUAUGCAUGCAUUGAGGUGUGUGCAGGCAUAGAUGUGUGGUGGUACUUUGCAAAGGUGGGGGGGGAAUAAGUGGUGCAGUUAUAAACCCAACAAUGAAAGUUAAAUUACGAGUCACGGAUAACAUUGGUGGGCAGUGAUGUCUGGGCAAAUUUCCAAUCCAACCUUUCACCGACCACCGUGGUUAUAUGCAUGGCCAAACAACCCCAGGCAUUCAUGCGCAAGUGAAUUGACAAUAUCUGCAAAUGAUGUUAUUUUAUAUAGCUACAAGAGGCACACCUUUCAGAAUGGCAAAAGACUUCUUAAAUCAAAUAACCAGUUUAAAUGUCAUCCAAUUGUGAGGGGGCGAGAUCAAUUGUUCCACACUUAAACAAGUUUAAAAUGUGAAAUCUCAAACCACAAUUUUGUUUACUCUUUGGUUCUAUUCGGUAAAGUCACGUAGGUAAAAAAUAACCUACGUGACUUUACCGAAUAGAACCAAAGAGUAUGGAUCCUUGCAGUCACGAAAGCUUAAAAUCCACAAUUUUGUAGCGUAGUUUUCCCUUACAACUCAUCAGAACGCACAAAGACGACUCAAACAGCAUAAUCAGGGGGGCCUCCCAGAAGGCUGCAAUGCUUUAUUCAAGUUACCAAAAAACCAAGAUCAUUUUAUGUACUGCCAACAAAGAGGGUUUGAACCGAAACGUGCGCACAA